GCGCAGCCCGCAAAGAUGGCGGCGGCACAGAACUAUGAGCUGUCCUCGAAGCUAGUGCAGUAUCUAGACCUCCAUUUGACGCUGCCAAUCAUGGAGUACCUACAGGAGCGCGGGCUUUACAAUGAGGAGGACAUCUUGCGGGCGAAGCUGGCGCUGCUUGAUAAGACAAACAUGGUGGACUUCGCCAUGGACAUCUACAAGGGUCUGAACGGCGUGGACGACGUUCCGCAGGAAAUGAAGGAGCGCCGCACGCAGGUUGUGGCGCGUCUGCGGCAGCUGCAAGCGGAUGUGGACCCCAUUAUCAAGUGCCUGCAGAACAGGCACGUCGUGGAGAAGUUCCGCCAGGACAAGAGCUUCAACCUGCAGUUCCUGCAGGAGGAGUUCCAGAUUGGCGCGGAGCACGUGGAGGCGCUGUACCAGUACGCGCGCUUCCAGUUCAACUGCGGCAACUACUCGCUGGCGGCUGAGCUGCUGCAGUCCUACCGCACGCUGUGCACCAACAGCGAGCGCAACAUGAGCGCGCUUUGGGGCAAGCUCGCAGCGGAGAUCCUCAUGCACGAGGCGGUCAACAUCCAGGAGGCCCGGGAGGACGUGUUCAAGCUGAAGGAGGCCAUCGACAACCAGACCUUUGCCCCCCCGCUUGCGCAGCUGCAGCAGCGCACGUGGCUGCUGCACUGGUCCCUGUACGUGUUCUGGAACCACGAGAACGGCCGCAACGACAUCAUCGACCUCUUCCUGUCGCCCGCCUACCUCUCAGCCAUCCAGAUCAACGCUCCGCACCUGCUGCGCUACGUGGCCGUGGGGGUGGUGAUCAACAAGAAGAAGCAGCGCAGCGUGCUCAAGGACCUCAUCCGCGCCAUCCAGCAGGAGUCGUACGAGUACAGCGACCCCGUCACGCAGUUCCUGGAGUGCGUGUUUGUGCACUACGACUUUGACGGUGCGCAGCAGAAGCUCAAGGAGUGCGAGGCGGUGCUGGACAACGACUUCUUCCUCGCAGCCUACAAGGACGAGUUCAUUGAGAACGCGCGGCUGUUCAUCUUUGAGACGUACUGCCGGAUACACCAGUCCAUCUCCAUUGCGCUGCUGGCAGAGCGGCUGGGCAUGGACCAGGAGGCGGCGGAGAAGUGGAUCGCCAACCUCAUCCUGAACGCUAAGCUGAACGCUAAGAUUGACUCCAAGUCGGGGACCGUGGUCAUGGGCACGCAGUCGCAGUCGGUGCACGAGCAGCUGAUCGAGAAGGCCAAGGUGCUUUCCGUCCGCACCUACGUGCUCGCAAACACCGUUGUGGGUAGCGCAAAGCCGUAAGCUAGCCGCGAGGAGGUCCGCCGGGAGAGCGGCAGUGCGGGGGGCGGAUCGUCAGCAAGCGUAAGCACAAGGCAGGGAGGGUAGCAG